GAAUAGUCAUAUGAUAGAUUGAAUACAGUAUGCAGGUGCUCGCUAAUUGUCCAACAAUAUUCAUCUAAAUUUUUCGAGAUACAAGUGUCUAGUGAUAUGACAUGGGAGGAUGAAAGGCGUAAAGGAGAGUCACAAAACAUUGGAUAUAGACUCAACUGAAAAUAAUGAAUGGACGACCAAUAUCUACUGACAUAGGCGAGACUUGGAGAAAAAGGCUAUUAGAUGGAGUCAAAUCCAUACCGGACCGAGGGCUACCAGGAACCGUGGAAGUCUUUGGAGAUAAUGCAAGACCAAUUCUCAUGUCGACACUGGCAGCACCUUGGAUGGCGGCAGCUGAAUACGGUAGAGGACGGGUUGUUGUUCUUGCUCAUGGCGGUUAUGCACUUAAAUUCGAAACUACGGACCAAGAUAAGAACCUAGCUCGAUUGCAUUUAAAUAUCAAACUAUGGCUGACAAGAGGAAACUACAGGGAUCAAUCACAAAUUUGUCCCCUAGAGCAAGAAACAUUAGCGCUCAAGAACAAACUUAUAUUAAUAAUCAGGGGCCGGACCCCUUUUGUGAAGCCUGAUGGUGUGAUUCUGAAUUUUGUACGUCGUGGAGGUAGUUUAUUUCAUGCAAUGUGUCCUUGGGGAUGGCUGGAACUUCACCCAGGAAAGACUCUUAAAGACAUGCCUUAUGCUGGUGCCUUAGACAUGAUUGGAAUCAGUUACCAAAAGUCACACUGGUUUAUGCCGAAAGAUGGUUAUGCAGUUUGUGACUAUUUAGCAACAGGAAUAAUCAGUACUCGACCAUCAACGAAAAGGUCCCUUCAAAAUAAUCGACAUCGAAAUUUUAAGUCCACCAGUUCCAUUGUCGAAAGCGUCGGAGGCGAAUGGAGAAUGCAGAUUCUAGAGGGUGUAGAAAUAGUGCCGAAUCUUGCAUCACCAGGAUACCUAUGCGUUUACGGAGUACGUUCACAUCCGAUACUCACCGAAUAUCGUGGUACAGGCACGUGGAUGGCAGCUGCCGAGAUGGGAAAAGGUCGAAUCAUAGUAAUGACCCAUAAUUCCUUUAUGCGAUAUUUCGAAAGUGGACAUGAACAUCCUGAUUUAGCGAGACUUAUGUUUAAUAUGCAAAACUGGUUGACUCGUGGUACCUACAGAGACCCAUCAGAGGUAGGGUGUCUGCAACGAGGAAUUUUCAAUCUGAAAACAAACAAGAUCCUGAUAAUGAGAGGUCGAUCGCAGUUUAGGAUUCCGGAUGAAGAUUUGGUUAGGUAUAUAAAAGGGGGAGGCGCCCUUCUUCACGCAUUCGACUCGUUUUCGUGGUUGCUGGCAAAUCCGGGAAAAUCAUUAGCGCAGAUGCCAUACGCGAAUGUUUUAGAAAGCGCAGGAAUUGCGUAUCUUGAAGGACAAUGGGCCAUGCCAUCAACAGGGUUACGCGUGUUGAAAAACGUAGCUACAGAUCACCACCAUAUUCGAUAUGCUUUACAAGACGUCACCAACGAAAUUUCUAGUAAGACAUUACUUCUCCUGGUGUAUCUGCCGACAGAAACCCUGAAACAAAUUCUUGACGACUUAAAAGAGGAAAUCGCGUAUAUUGAAAGUACCAGUAGCGUCCAUUGCAUACCAUCCGUCCUUAACCCGGUCUUUUCGAACGAAGGGAGGGCAAUGAUGGGUUUAACAGUUGCUCUCGUCAAAUCGGGAAGAAUAAAUUCCAAGCUACCGGGCCUCGAUCAGUUUCCAGGUGAUUUCGAAGUCCGUCCAAAUAAAUUUAAAAUGAAAGUUGAUAUUGUAUCCCAUGUGGCCGAUGUAUACCCUACGGGGUGCUAUUUACGGGCUGGAGACGAAGUCACGGUAAUAGUGCAAUUAGAAGAGUCUCUAAAAUUGGGCUGGAAGAUGCAAAUUGGUUGUCAUUCGGAUAGACUUCAUUCACUUGACAGUCACGUUAGGUGGCCAUACAUAUGUGAAACGGCAAAUAUCGAUAAGCUACGAUUUAAAGUCACUUCGUUAUAUGGUGGUCUCAUAUAUUUUAUUUCUCCGGGAAAACCGAGCGCUAUGGAAGCUGUUUUGUCUAAUGUGGUGGAAGCGCCAUUCUUUGAUUUAACAAAUAGAUCCCGGGUUAUCGGCUGGAAUGAGAGAAGAUAUGCACCUGGUUUGUGGGCGGAUAUGUGUGGAGAAUUUGUAUGCAUCACCGUGCCUUCAAAAAGUAUUCGCCAUAUUCAUGACCCGAGUGAGGUCAUGAGAACAUGGGAUGACAUCAUCAGUUCUUUUCAUCACCUUCGUGGUUCAAAUGUGCGCAAGAAACGAAAACAGUGGAUAGUGACGGAUAUCCAGUCUGCCGAACGUAAUACAUGCUUGCAUGCCGGAUAUCCAAUUGUUACUGGAUUAGACUUAGCUAACCCAAGUGGAAAGAACUUCUUGUUAAAUCAUAGCCAUAUUAUGGCCGGGGCAUUUUGGAAUGUGUUUGCGGAACUUGGCAAAAAUUUACAGAAGAAAGUUUGGACAUUUAAAGGUACAGAAAACGUAACUUGCAACAUCUUUACACUGUAUGCUCAAGAUAUAAUUUGCGGUAUUGAUCCAUGGCUUCCACAGUGGUUACUUUCCAAAAUAAAAGUUGUUACGAAAUAUUUAGAAAAGGACGAAGGAUUUUACGAGUGGGUCUCUGAUCCAGGAUUAGCACUCUUCAUCUAUGCACAACUAGUUCAUCAAUUUGGUUGGGGACUUUAUAAACGAGUGUUUAGAAAAUAUCGCACUAUCCCGAUUGAGGACUUACCUCAGGACAAUAUAUACAAAAUGGAUUUUUGGUUCACAGCUGUUUCACAGAUAGCUAGGUACAACAUAGCUCCACUUUGUGACUUUUGGAGAAUUCCAUUAUCAACAGACGUUAGAAAUUGGUUAACACAAUUCCCGCCUUUUUUACCAGAUGAUGAAAUAACGAAAUUGGCACCAAUCAGAGUGCAAGAGAUAACCGAUUUCUAUGGCGACGUGGUCAGGAGGCCUAAAAGGCACGUGGCUAAUGAUUUUCAUGAUACCUAUCAAGAGCCUGUAAGAUUUAAACAACCCGACAUAAUGACUCACAUUAUCCGUAGUUAACGUACAGACCUAUAUUUCGUUUCGUUGUUUUAUAUACUUUCGAUGGCUUACAAUACAUGGAGAGCUGACCAAUUGUAGUGGAAGGUCGUGUCAGGGGUCAAACAUCGGCUUUUGACCCUUUGACGUCAGACAUUGAUUAAUCAACCAGCGUUAACGUUUCUAGUGGUUUACCCACAAUUCUGUGCAUCGCACGCCAAGAAGUCGCCGUAACAUACCGUUUCAUUGGCUAAUCCCUCACAUCAACCAUAACGCGGCUUAUAUAACAACUCUUCCAGAUCCUAGUGUUGUAAAGACAUGUAAAAGAAAAUUUUGAACUAUAAAAACGACACGAAAUAGGAUCUGCAAACAAGACACAACAAGAUAUUGCAAGAAAUAAUCAGCAAUGCUGGUAAAUUUAAUGUUUUUUACCUACUUGUACCAAAACUGACUUCCAUGUUCUCAAACGACCUUUAGUGUUACGCUCGAACUAUCUAACAGGUAGACAAAACUUUAAUGGUUAUUUUGUAUUAUGUAUAUUAUUUUUAUAAUGCCCAGAAAGCUUUCAAAUGGAGUAAUUAUUUCUUUUGAUAUCUAAUAGUAGUUUCAGUAUUAUUGACCGAUUAGUCUCUUUUGAAUGCUAAUAAGCAACAACACUUUUCAAUAAAUAUUGCUACCAACAACCAACAAUGAAUCUUACCGAGUCUUAGUCAUACCCAUCUCUACUGGCGUUCAUGCGAUCCAUGUCGAUUAGUAUGCGUGUUUAUUAUUUUGUACCUCCAUGAUACUUCAUUAAAUUUCAAAAACAAUCUGGUUAAAAUACAGAUCUAUAUUUCGUUUCGUUUUUUAUACUUUCGAUAGCCUCUACUACACGGAGAUCUGACCGGUUGUAGUGGAAGGUCGCGACAGAGGUCAUACGAGCGGCUUUUGACACUAUGACGUCAGACAUUCGAUUAACAAUCCGCGUUUAUGUUUCUAGUCGGGUUACCCACCGUUCCGUACACGUCACGCCAAAAUCUCGCCGUAACAGACCGGUUCAUUGGCCAAUCUCUCACAUCACCAAGAACGCGGGUUAUAUAACAACUCUUCCAGAUCUUAGUGUUGUAGAUACAAGUAAAACGAAAUUUUGAACUAUACAAAAUGAAAUAGGAUCCGUGUUUUAAUAACGUGUUUCAAAAAUAACAGUAUGACGAAAUGAUGUCAACUUUGAUCCCAAUUAGAACAUAAAUGAUAUUAAAGCGAUCAUGUCUACGAUAUCAUCUUAGGCGGAAGUGGGCGUAAAACUCUAGAAACGAACGAACGAACGAUCAUAUGUGCUACCCUUGACGGAGCUAAAUUCAAAUCUAAUAACAGUACUUCUGUUGUAGCUGCCCAGUUAAUAAACUUUUACCCAACAGGUACUGACUAUGCCAAUAGGAUGAUGAACAUAGGCACCGUUGGCGUACACAUAACAAAAUUACUGAAAGUUGGAAUUUGCGGAAAAAUCAGCUCUCUCUCAGCAAAAAUACCAUGAUAACACACCCCAGAAAAGUGCAGAAAAGUUGGCCAUUACAUUUCAUCUUUAAUUUUAAAAAGUACACAGUGGUUAUUUGUCGAUUAACUGCAACCAAUUUAUCCGAUUACAUCUCAUAUUUAUGGUAUGGGUCCUAUUGCACGCCAUUAUAGCAACCCUAAAACAUAAUUAAUUAUAUAAUAUCGGUGCAUAGUAACAACGGUCAUUGAAAAUUUAAAAGACAAUGAUCAAGGCUAUAUAUGUGCAUUCUCCCGUCAUCUGUCUUAUAUUAGUGGCUUCAAUCAUGUUCACUUUAAUUGGACAUAGCUAUUGAUUUACUUUUAAAAUACCAAACCUAUCGUUUCGAAGCAUUGUUAGUCUGUAUAUAGUAGAUACUAUAUUACAAUUAAUUUAAUCCAUAAUACAUUUUAAUCUGUGUUAUACGACACUAUUUUAUACUUGAAUUAAUCCAGAAUGCAUUUUAAUCUAUUAAAUUAACCAAUAAUAUAUGUUAAUCUAUGUUAUAAUAUACUAUAUUAUAUUUGACUUAAUCAAUAAUUCAUAUUAAUAUAUAUUAUUAGAUAAUCUAUCAUAAAUUAUUUAAUCCAUGAUAUAUUUUUAUCUAUUUUAUUAGAUACUAUAUUAUAAUUAAAGAUACAUUAUGUAAGAUUUAGAUAAAGAGCUAGCCAUUCUUGCUAUAAUAGUUCGAAAAUAGAUAAUGUAAAAUGAAUAAUUUGAAAAUUUCAUUCAAAUUGCUCUUUUGCGAGCGAAGAUAUUAGCCUUUGAAGGUUUCUCAUCGAGAGUUGAUUGUGGCCUGGCUAAGUUAAUUAAUGUCUUAUUAAUAAUUUAGAUAACAUUCAGACCAAAAGAAAGACCUGCAAUGGGCAGAUUUAGCUCUUGCAUAAUGUAUGUUUAAUUUAAUCCACAAUGCAUGCUAAAGGUGUAUUGUGUAAGUUAUAGAUAAAGUACUGACAUUUCCUGCUAAAUAGGUAAUGACAAAGGAAUAUAUUGAAAUUGUCAGUCCAUUCUGAAUAGAGUUACUGCCGUUAGUGUAGUCUCCAUUCUCAUUGCUACCACCGUCACGAUAAAAAAGAAUUUCUCGAUUAUCGAUUGUUUUAAUUAAAUCAUUAACUAGUAAUUGUGUUUAAAUCCGUUGAAAAUCAAAAGCAUCUGAUGAUCUAGAGCGUUGGUUAUGGGCUUGGCAUGUGAAUAAAUGUCUAAUUAAUGGUUUAUAGAACAUUUAAGGCCAAACAAAAGAUAUGCAUUUGGCAGAAUUAACUCUUACAUAAUGCAUCUUUAAACUAUAUCAUUAAAUACUAUAUUAGAAUUAAAUUAAUCGAUAAUACAUAUUAAUCUAUGUUAUUAGAUACUAUGUAUUAAUAUAUGUUAAUUUAUAUUAUUAGAUACCAUAUUAUAAUUAAAUAAUCCAUAAUAAAUUCUAAUCUAUGUUAUUACGAACUAAAUUUUAAUAUAUGUUAUUAAAUAAUUGAAUUAAUUCAUAAUACAUGAUAAUCUAUGUUAUUAGAUACUAUGUAUUAAUAUAUGUUAAUUUAUGUUAU